AUGGCCGAUCCCGCCGGCCAAGCCGGGACCACCCACUCGCGGUCCUCCGCACCACGGGUCCGCCUCACCUGCGAAGCAUGUCGCCAGCGCAAAGUGAAAUGCGACAAGUCAAGUCCUUGUGCAAGUUGCCAGAGACUUGGCCUCGUGUGUGUUUCUGUGGAACGCGCGCGUCUUCCGCGCGGUCGCACGCGAAGACCCGAGCGGAUCGUAGGCUCGGACAAAGAACUAUCUGAGCGGGUAGCGAGACUGGAAAAUCUUCUGAAAAUAGUUGCCAAUGAGCGAGGUGGUGAAUCACAGCUUGUUCCGACAGUCCGCACGCCCGCAUCUUCAUAUACAAAGCAGAAUUCAGUGGCCGAGGCCAGCAACGCCGGCCCUGAGAUUCUGCAGGAUCAGAAUGACCGCUUGCCUAGUGCAAAUCAGCCACAUCUUCCUCGCCCUUCAACUGCGUAUAUGGGUGGUUCAUUCUGGGAGGAUAUUAUGCAGCAGACACAAGAAUUGCGCUCUGUCCUGGAAGGUCGUCUAGAAAAUGGAGACCAUAGUGUUAGAAAUUCGCUAUCUGGUUUCGGUACAUCACUUGUGAGCUCAGAAAGCCCAGACAGCUCGUCAAACUCACCACAAGCCAACAGACCUAUAAAUCUUCCACCCCAGAUUCGGCAUAGGUUAUGUGACUUCUUCUUCUGCAACGUCGACCCUCUCUUCAAAAUUUUACAUCGACCGUCGCUACAAGCAUUUAUUAAGGAUGGCAAGCCUUAUCUUGACUACGAGCAGGAUGCCCAGGCGCCAGCGACCCUUGCCUCGGCUAUUUAUCUUUGUGCUGUGUGUAGUCUUGACGAAGCCGAAUGUCAGGCAAUGUUCAACACGAGCAAAAAGGCCAUAAUCGCGGAAUUCCAGAAAGAAGCCGAGCUCGCGCUCUCAAGGGCGGACUUUGUCACGACGAAUGAUCUCACUGUUCUGCAAGCUUAUAUUAUCUCUCUGCUCGCCGCGCGAUCUCAGGACCAAAGCCGAAGGGUCUGGACGAUGUUGAGCAUGGCACUCCGAGUAGGCCAGGCUUUGUCUCUCCACGUCCCCCAGCCGCCAUUCACCGUGCGCCCUUUUGAGCACGAGAUGCGCAAACGAGCAUGGCUAGGAAUCGGCCUUCUUGAUGUAGCAGCCUCUCUAGACAGGGCAUCUGAGCCGAUGAUGCAGUCCGCAUGGCUCGAUUACAACCAGCCCUCAAAUAUCAACGACGAGGACUUAUGGUUUGACAUGCCAGGGCCAAUCCCCCAACACACAGAAGGCACAUUUACCGACAUGACGCACACCUUGAUUAUCGCAGCGUCAACGUUCGCGACUCGAACGCUUGCCUUUGCGGACCUCACCGAGCCAGCCGUGACCAUCAUGAGUUUACGGCAGCAAGUCGUCCACGAUUUCCAACAGAAGGCCUCGGAUCUUCUGAGAGGCUGCAGGCCCGAUCUUUCAGAAUUCCAGUGGUAUUCGCAAAAGAUAUCGGGUGUUAUGGGCAGCUGGCUCCAGCUAGCCAGUCUUCGGCCGUUGCAACGAAGCGGAAAGUUCAUACCGCCAAAAAUUCAAGAGAACGCCCUCCUCAAAAUCGCAGCCGAUAACCUGCAGUGGUCGCAGGAGGCAUACAACUACCCAGGCGCCAGGUAUUGGCGGUGGUAUGGCUCGAUGUGGGUUCCGUGGCACGCAUUGGCUGUGGCUCUUGCCGAACUCUGCGUCUGCAAAGAUCCAGCGGUGAUGUCAAACUACUGGACUGUCGUUGACGACGUGUACCAGCGCUCGCGGCUCAUAAUCGCAGAUUCCCAGCAGGGAAUGCUCUGGAGGCCCUUGGAGAGGCUCAUGUCACAGGUGAAAACACGGAGAAAUGAGCUCCUUGGUAUUGAUAUUUCUCACCAAGCAGGGUCUCAAUACCCUUUCGAUGGCAUUUCUUCUGGGCUUUGCUCGAAACAACCUGCACAUCAACAGGGCCUUACGAACUUUUCGCUUGAUCUGAGAGAGGCCGUCAAUGAACCGCGAAAUUCGCACAUUGCAGAAGUGCCGACUUCCUUUGCGCCGGUUCCCUGGCCCAAUGUGUGGGAUGCGAUGGAUCUUAGUGAUCCGACCUUGCAAAAUAGCUCUGACGACACGGCUUGGUUAAGCUAUGAGAACUUUAUCGAAAAUGUUUAUGAUAGCGUUGAUUCUAUUUUCUUGCCACGGUGA